CAUGGCUUAUGUCGAAUAAUAUUACACAAAGAGCCACGAGACACGCAUUUCAGUGUGACUUGGAGACCAGAAGUUUUGGAAACAUCAUAAUAAAUAUAAGUAUAGGAAAUGCUUGAUCAGAUCGAUCAUUCUGCUGAAUUGCACUCGGGAAAUCAAGACUUUCUUGUUCCUUAUCAAAUCCAGACUUUUCGCUUAUACUCAUUACAUACAACCUUUCAGGAUGGUGGUCACCGAUGAUCAGAUCUCCUUCUUCAAGAAGAACGGUUACUUGAUUGUCCGUGAUUUACUGCAGCCUGAGCAAGUCAAAGAUCUGCAAUCGUGGGCCGAAGAAGUCCGCAACUGGAAACCAACUGAAACUUCAGAAUUUAUGCCCUACGAGGAGGUCAAUGACAAGGGCCAAACAGUUCUCUGUCGAACUGAGAACUUCGCCGAUUGUCACAAGGGUUUCAGCAAUCUGCUACGAAGCCCAAAGCUGCUAGGCCUUCUGAACGAUCUCGCAGAAGAGCCUAUGCUUCUGUUCAAGGAGAAGAUCAAUUACAAACUCUCUGGAAGCGGCGGUUUUGCACCUCAUAUUGAUGCUGUUGCUUACACGCACAUCAAGGAUGUUAAGCACUUGACAAUUUUACUGAGUGUCGAUCCUUCUAAUAUUCGCAAUGGAGGACUUGAGGUUGUUGAUGGGAGCCAUGAGAUGGAUGUUCCUAUUAAUAAGGCCACCAACUGCAUCGAGUCGACCUGGGUUGACUCUCACACUUGGACUCCGGUUGAACUAGAAGCCGGCGAGCUACUCAUCUUCACUUCCUACCUAGCGCAUCGUAGUGGUGCCAACAAGAGUAGCUCUGACCGCAAAGCUAUCUAUGCAACUUACAACCGUGCUUGCGAGGGGGACCUGCGCCAGGGCUACUACGAGCACAGGAAGCAGGAGUGGCCGGCUACGCAUAUGCGAAAGGCUGGGAAGUCUUAUGAAACGGGGGCAUUAACCUAUGGCUUUGGAUCUCCUAUGCUCAGCGUGGAUGCUGGAAAACAGGUUACAUUUUAA